UUUCUCUCACUAGGAUCUGGACUUCACUGACAACCGGAUAUUGAUGGGCGGGGCCUCGGAUUGCCAGUAACCAAGAUGGCGCAGCACACAGAUGCACGUCUGGGUGAUGCUGACUUUGAGGACGUCCCGGAUCUGUCAGACGGUGAGGAUGAUGGAGCCUGGGAUGAUGAGGAUGAUGGUGGUGCUGGUCUGGAGGUCCGCUGUCUGUUCUGUGACAGGACACGCUCGUCUCCAGAAGAGAUCUUCACUCACUGCCGGGCCCAGCAUCAAUUUGACAUCCAGCAGAUCAUUUCCCGGCACGGUCUUGACUUUUACGGAUACGUUAAACUCAUCAACUUCAUCAGAUCUACAAGCUGCGCCGCGGAGAGUCUGACUGAGGUCACCGACCCCAAACCCUGGGAUAAGGAAGAAUACUUCAGGCCGGUCAUCCCGGACGAUGGACUACUUCAGUACGAUUUUGAAGAUAUGGACCAUGACAACGAGAAGUCCUCAAACGCCAAAACGGGCGCUGAACGAUCGUUCCAGGAGCGGUUAAAGCAGGCGGAGAUCCGGGUGCAGGAAACGGAGGAAACCCUGGCGAACGUCCUCCAGGAGUUUAAUAGGAUGAGACAAGUUGCGCAGGAUUUUGUGAUGAACGCAGAUGUCAGAUGUGGUUCGUCUUCCGCUGGGGCCAUCGCAGACCUGGAUGAGAACGAGGACGGCGCCUACUUCGGCUCCUACGGGCACUUCGGGAUACAUGAAGAGAUGUUAAAGGAUGCAGUGCGGACAGAAAGCUACAGGAACUUCACGUUGCAGAAUCCUGAUCUAUUUAAAGACAAGGUGGUUCUUGACGUUGGCUGCGGUACUGGAAUUCUAUCAAUGUUUGCCGCAAAGGCUGGCGCCAAAAAAGUGUACGGAGUCGAUCAGUCAGAGAUCAUCUACCAGGCGAUGGACAUUAUCCGCCUGAAUAAGUUAGAAGAUAGAAUCUCUCUGAUUAAAGGGAGAAUAGAAGAGAUCGAUUUACCGGUGGAGAAGGUGGAUAUAAUUAUUUCGGAAUGGAUGGGUUACUUCCUGCUGUUCGAGUCGAUGUUGGAUUCCGUUAUUUAUGCAAAGGACAAGUAUCUGAACGCCGGAGGAGCAGUGUAUCCAGAGCGCUGUAACAUCAGCAUUGUGGCCCUGUAUGAUGCCGAGAAGCACACCGGAAAGCUGGCCUUCUGGGACGACGUCUAUGGGUUUAAUAUGUCGUGUAUGAAGAAAGCCGUCCUACCAGAGGCCAUAGUGGAGGUUGUCAAUCCGGACACCAUUAUCUCCGAGCCAGUUAUUAUAAAGGACAUUAACUGUCUGACGGCCGCGGUGAAGGAUUUGGAUUUUUGCUCAGAUUUCUCCCUGCCAAUAACAAGGGACGGGGCGUGCACGGCCAUCGCCGGAUAUUUUGACAUGUUCUUCAAGAAGGAUUGUCAUACCCCAGUGACGUUCUCCACCAGCCCCACAUGCACCAGGACCCACUGGAAGCAGACCGUCUUCCUUCUGGAGAAGCCGCUGGCUGUCAAUGCAGGUGAAACUCUGGACGGCAAGAUAACCGUGCGCAAGAACAGGAAGGACCCCCGCUCUCUUCUUAUAACCCUGUCUGUAGCUAGCAUCACCCAGACCUACACUCUGCAGUAAUGGAGGGGGUCACUGUGCCAUUCAGCACUUCUUUUUCUAUCCAUUGGAAUAAAGUCAUAAAAAAAAAAAAAAAAAAAAAAAAGUUACUUGCGGUUGUCGACUGCAGUCCGUCUCAGAAUUUGGGACUGAUGCACUGCGCAGGCAGCCACACACUGCGCAGGCAGACAUUGUGUAAGAGACCACUGACUGAUUUCAUGGCUUGUGUUUUCAUCUAUUUAUCUGACCGCUCGGGUCAAAGGUGUCAAGGUUUGUCUUUAUGUUUUUAUUGCCAUUCGAGUACAAAAUCAUUGAUCACAGAUUCAGGCUCUUAGAGAGGACCUCUCGCCUCUCCUGACAUGUAAUACCAAAUCUGGAACAUCUAUUCUUAUCACUCUGUGUUGUACCAGUCCAUUGUUAUUUCCACUAAAAGUUAUGAAUGAAUUGGCAGCAGCUUGUAGUAAAGGUACAGAUGGGUGUUACCCGUUGGGGGGGGUGUUCCUGCACAGUGUGACCGCAGCAGCACUGAUUGGACAGUCGCACACACACCCGAUACUGGUAAGGCUUCGUUCACAUCAGCGUUCAGCCUUUCCAUUAUAGGAGCAGCAGAACGGAAGGGACGGAUUCAGCACAUAACUGAGCUGAACAGAGCCUACGGACUCCAUAGACUAUAAUGGGGUCUGUUAGGUUUCUGCUCAGAGGAAGAUUGUUGAAGUCCUGCAUGUACUACUUUUGUCUUCCUGUGAGCGGGAACCUAACGGACCUGUAGGCUCAGUUAUUUGCCGAAUCUGUCCUUUGCGUUCUCCUAGAACGGAGCCGGAGGACGGAAAGUAUGAACGCUGAUGUGAACUCGGUACCUUUACUGCAGACUGCUGGCAGUUUAUUUGUAAGCUUCUAGCAGGAAUACUUGGAAAUAAAGAAAAUAAACCCGGCUCCCAGCAAAAGCUAUGACCUUUAUUCUUCCAGCGGUAAAACCCAGUAAACACGAUGUACACACAACGUCUACGCGUUUCGGGUCAUGGAUUCGAUCAGGAAAUGCCACCCUCCUAGCUACUUCGUGCCAUCCAACCCAUGUUAUUAAUAAUAUUCCUAGAGGGGAAAUGGUCAGGGCUGCUCUGCCGAUCUCUCCUUUGGUUACGGACACGCGACUGCGCCUCACAUUCUGUGAUAAAAGCUAGGAGCUGGGCUCAGUCAUUGCAUAGAAAAAACGAG